GGCAACUGCCGUAAUUUGAAGUUUACCAGUUUUCCUAAACCUGGCUACAGGUUGGAGAAUCACACGGUUCGAACUACUGAAGUAUUCGACGAAGAUCAAUGUGUGGCGCAAUGCUAUUUGGAACCUAACUGCGUCAGUUAUAACUUCCAUACGAUAACAAAGCUGUCUGGAACACACAAGUGUGAUCUGAAUAACGCUACUAUUGAACACGAUAAAGAUCUGGUGGAAAACGAAAGUUAUAUUUACCGCGGUGCUGAGGUGAGGAUGACGCUUAUUAGCCAAGAGAAUGAAAUUCUUUGUCUCGUCGAAGCUUCUUAACAAGACCAAGGAUUCCCUACCCUAUCCCCCUCCUCUUAAUUCUCCUUCCAACAACCAAAAGAAAGGUUAUGAUACUUACACUUUUAACCUUUGAAAUAGAGAAUUGGGAGAAGCAUAUUAUUUUUUAUUAUUAUUAAUUUAAUAUCCCCACCUCCGGAGUUGUUGUGAUACAUUUUGAGGAUUUAGACACAUUUUUUUCCUCGCUCUGAACAGUGCCACGUGUAUAAAGAGAACCUAUGUUUAACGCAGACAUUUGCUUGAAAAAUAAGCCAGCUUGCGUGGAACAUAUGGGUAUAUAAAUGAGAGCACACACGAGGACCAUUACAGAGGACGUAUAGAUUUGACAAACCUGCAUAAUAUUCAGAACUUGCAAACACGAACGCAUGCGCAGAAGGUAAACACAAAAAUUAAAGUGCUCCUAUUCGUUUUGUUCGUAAGAAUGCGUGUGCCAGAAAUCCUUGCAAGAAUAAUGCAACAUGCCAAGCUGGGUUUACGGACAGAGGUUAUCAGUGUUUAUGUGUUCUUGGAUCUGGAUUUGAAGGCCAUGAUUGUGGUGAAGGUGAGCAAUCCUCUGCAAUUUGUUUCCAGUCAGUAAGAUGAUAAGUUUGUUUUUUAUUUUACCAUUUUUUACAAUGAACAACUGCUGAAGCGGAUGUCAGUAAAACUGGAUACAAAUUCUACGCCAAGGUCAGAGAUGAUACCAUCAUUCGAUAAAUUUAUCACCGAGACGAUGAAAAGCAUUAAGUUCUCAUAUCUCUGCUUUCAGCCUUUCUCUUUUAUUAUUUAUCGCCGUCAUUAUCAUUAUUAUUAUUUUGUCUAAUUUUCAUUUAGAUAUAGAUGAGUGUAUCACCAAGGAACACAGCUGCGAAGGCAAUACGACAUGCAAUAACACCAUCGGAUCGUAUAUCUGCAGGCGUAAGGAGGGAUAUCAAGAAAUUGAGACAAACUGUACUGGUAAGUAUUCUUAUCUGACAACAGGAAACGUUAACAUAAGCGUUAAAACAACAACCUUGGCAUAAUUGUGAUGCUCACUUUGUUGUCUAAGACAUAGAUGAUUCUUGUAAAGAAACAAAUGGCUCUGAUGUAAAUGCUGAGUGUAACAAUACCCUGAGAUCUUACAACCACACGUGUAAAUAUGGAUUUCAAGAGAAUGAAAACAAUUGCACGUGUAACUGUUUUUAACCUAUCAUGCUUUUUUAUUUCCCCUUCCCAGUUUUAUGAAUUGAAUACAAACCAUAACAGAACAGAACACAAGACAAAGCAUAAAAAAUAGGUUCAUUUAAAUGAUGCUUCUUUCUUAAUGUUCUAGACUUGAACGAAUGUACUGACGGAACACACAGUUGUGAUAAGGAUGCUGAGUGUAACAAUACCUUGGGAUCUUACAAGUGCACGUGCAAACAUGGAUUUCAUGGAAAUGGAACUAACUGCACAGGUAACUGUUUGUAACAGAUCAUGCUAUCCUUUCUCACCUUACUUUUUGGAGGUGACUUUAAAAUAAAAACAAAUCAAGAAAUACAAACAAACAAACAUUAACAAAACACAAGAAAAAACAAAAAAACAGGUUUCAUUUAAAUAAUACUUCUUUUUUAAUGUUCUAGAUUUGGACGAAUGCUCUGACGGAACACACAACUGUGAUGUAAAUGCUGAUUGUAGCAAUACCUUGGGAUCUUACAAGUGUUCGUGUAAAGAUGGAUUUCAUGGAAAUGGAACUAACUGCACAGGUAACUGUUCGUAACACAUUAUGCUUUCUUAUCUCACCUUACUUUUCUGAGGUGACUCUAAGAUAAAAAUAAAUCAAGAAUAACAAACAUUAACAAAAAAAAGACAGAAACAUACAAAAAGGUUCCAUUUCCAUGACAUUUCUUCUAUAAUGUUCUAGAUUUGGACGAAUGCACUGACGAAACACACACCUGUGAUGUGAAUGCUAAAUGUAACAAUACCUUGGGAUCUCACAGCUGCACGUGUAAAGAUGGAUUUCACGGAAAUGGAACGAACUGCACAGGUAACUGUUUCCCGAAUUUUGUCUUUCACUUCAACUAUCCGAUGCUUGGCGGAGAGGUAAACAAGCCUGUAGUUCGUUCCGGUAACGUGGUGUUCAUCCUCACGAUAGUGCUUUACGAUAAGCUUCGUCGCCCAGUUUCAUCUCAGAAAAAUUAUCGGAAAUCGUAUAUCGUAAGGUAGACUUUAAGUAAACCUUAGUAGACCAUCGCAGCGAAGUAGACCAUCAAGAUCGACUUUCGGCAUCAGCUCGGGAAAUUUACUCCUCUUCUGUAAGGCUCAUUUAUUUUAAUAGCUAGGAACUCUUCGGCGAAAUCAGCCCGCUGCGUUUCUCUGAUUAUUUGUAACUCAGCUUGAUUUCGUUUGGAGAAAGAGGACCGUCUAACCGUCCUUUCUCUUUUGUGUGGCACUUCACGACAAAUCUUAUCAUACACAAUGUCACUCGCGUGAGUUGUACAACUUGACCAAUUUUCAGGUUUUAGUUUCCACCUGUUAUCUUCGACGACUUCAACAGAAACGAAACUGUGUGGAUGAAAGACUUGGUAACGCUCUCCAUCGUGAACGAAUGAGACUAGAACCUUAUCAAGGACUAUCUCCUCUCUUUUUAUCGGUAUUGCAUAAUUUUCGUCGAUGCCUAAGGUGUCAACUUCCCAAAACCGCUUCAUAGGAUCGUUCAGUUCGUUAAAUGCCUUUGAUCUGCUUAAAAAAGGUACAAGCGAGAUUAGUUUUGUUCUUCUCUUCCUCGACGCUUUUCCUUCUGAACAGCCAAUAUUCGACCACCCCAAUGGCCUUAGUCUAACGAUUGCUUCUCCCCCAGUUUUUCUCUCAAGUCAACCUUUGCAAAAUGAAGAUCAUCUGGUCUUGACCAAUAAGAAGAUCAACCAUGAGAUUAGUUGCUGGUUCAGGAAAUAUACAGACACGUAAUUGAGGCCACUGCCUCCAAACCUUCUUUUGAGAGUAUCAUUCGCCUCCUCGCAUGCUUCCUCUAACAAACCCAUCGCUUUUUCUUUCUUCAACCGGCUUAUUUCUCAUUCUCGUGGAAUUUUUUCUGCGUCGCAUGCAUUAAUAAGCUGAAGGGAAAUUAUGCCAGUUCGCUUUUCUGCCUCGGGGACGUGCGAGGGUUUUUCUUGCUGAAACUUCGAGAACAUUUUCGUGAAAUUCUUUAACAGGUGAAUAACCACUGGAUAUCAAUGACGCUAAACCAAAGCAAUUGUGCUUUUCUGAAGACAUGCGUCUCUAUAAUCUGUGAGUUACCUUAGCAUGGUAAUUGCGAUGUAGACCUUUCACUGUAGAACGAGAGAAAAAUGACGUAGGAAGAGCGCAAAUUUCAAAACAGUAAACUCGAUUUAUAAUUCAAGAAAAAGUGGGCUUCGAUCGACAAGAGAGCGAAGGUUUGUGAUUUCGGAUGACGAUUACUUCACAAAGUAGGGUUGUUCGAUAAGCUUGAACGACAGUAAGGCAAAAGUGGGUGAUUUUCUGAACGACACGGAAAACUUUUGGGCUCAGUGAAAUCGCAGAGGGAGUUUCAUAGAGAGACAAUAGCCAAAAUAUUGUAAUUUUUUGGCUCGAUCGAUGGCACUAAAAUAUUUUCGAAUACACACUGUUGAUGAUGUCGCAGAUAGUUUUUUGUUCGUCUCGCGCAAUGAUGGCACGAAAGAGCGUGACUUUUAGAAAUACGCAAAACGGACUGAAUGGUUAGGAAGUUGUAGAAAGAGUUAAUUGUAUGGCUCGUGCAACAAGAGCGCGAAAAUUUAUGAUUUUGAAUGUUUAGUAAGUUGCAAAGGGAGUUCCUUGUGCGGCUUGGGCAACAGUAGCUCAAAAGAGCGUGAGUUUUUUAAAGACGUAAUGGAUACGAAAAUAUUUAGGUUCGAUGAAGUCGCAGAGGGAGUCAUGGUUGGUUCCAGAGACGAUUAUGGCACAAUAAUUUUUAUAAAUGUGAAUGUUGGUAAAGGCGCAAAGAUAAUUUCUUGUUUAGCUCGCGCCAUAACAGCGCGAAAGAUCGUUUUUUUUUUCAAAGGGACGCGAAGAGGUUCGAACAAACUUCUUAGCACGAGUGACAGUGGUGCGAAAGUUUUUGAGUAUUGAAUGUUAAUGCUCGUAUGACAGUACUGUAGCGCGAGGGUUUUUUAAAUUUUGAAUGUUAAAUAAGUUGCAGUGUGAGUUGUUCUUUCUUGCUUUUCAACUUUACUUCAGCAAAUAUAGCAUGAAAGUGCCUGAGUUCUUAAUCUCUAAUAUGUCGUGUCGUGUAGUGUAACCUUCACAAAUUUGCCCUCCAUCUCCUGGUAAGUAAUCAGUUGUUGUUAACGAAGACUUCCUUACCCCUCCACCAAAGCAUAUUAUAUUUGUCAUUUAAGCCAUUUCCGAUGAUUUCGAAUUUCGCGCAGAGGUAUUCGGCUUAAAGUCGACACUUCAAGCUUUAUCCCUUAAAACGAAGAAAAUGACCAUAAAAGGUGCGUUUCUGAGCCCUAUCGUUUGACCGGAAUCUAACCCUAAGUUUGAUAUGUGGCAUCGGCUUCUUCCAAGCUGUCCGCGGCACUUUCUUCGGAUUUGUUCAUCUCUAUAGUUCUGGCACACGAACAAGAAUCUCCCUUUGGCGGCCACCUGUCCCCAACAUUUUUGAACAGCCAAAGUGGUGCGUUUUAAAAAACCAAAAUAUUAGAACAACAGAGCAAUAUCAAAUGACCCUCAUAUCAUUUACACUCGUGUUGCUGUCCUAGAUAUAGAUGAGUGUAACGAUGGAGCACAGGAGUGUAAUAUGAAUGCUGAUUGCCACAACAUCAUUGGAUCUUACAAAUGCACUUGUAAAGAUGGACUUCGUGGAAAUGGCAUAGACUCUACUCAGAGGAAGUACUUGCUACCCUUGUAAUCUUCAGACUUUUUUUUUUGUUUGUUUUUGAUUUUACAUUUUAAGAUCAAAAGUUUUGGUUUGGGCCGUGAGGAACCAAUUCACUCACAUUUCUAACAACGUUCUUAACUAGAUAGUCAAGAAAAAAAUGUCUUUUCAAUUUUAACUGAACUCCCAAGAUUAAUUAGUUUGUAGAUUCUCUUCAAAUUUGUAACGCACAGUUAAGUAGAAAGAUAAGAAAAAUGCAUUUACAGAAAUUUCAAAACAGUCCUAUCCUCAAAACUCUCCUCAAAGUUUAGGCCUUUUUACCAUGAAAAGAUACAGGUUUUUUCAUCUCGGUGGUGACCAAUUUGAAAUUUUGGUAUCGGAAUCGAGAGCAGAAGCAGAAGAGUAGGCCAGGCACGCCGCGAGAUUCUUGGUAUGUCUAAAAACAUAGUUUGAUACCAGGAAAGAGAAGAAAGAAACUCGUGGCACAGGGGAAGAAGUGCUUUUCUCUUUAGCUUCUUUUUAAUUCAGGCCACUAUUUUGCAUUGAGGGAGACACCACAGGGAUAUGUUUAUUCAUCCAUUCUGUAAAAGAUAACGGUUUGUGGUUUGUGUCAUCUAUUGACGUCAAGAUUCGUUCCAUCUUCCUUUUUUCUAAAGCAUUUUUUAAUGGUAUUCUUGUCUACUCUGCACAAUCUGUUGAGCAUUCUUAAUCUCAUUUCUGUCUCUUAAGAUUUCACGAAUCUUUUUAUCACGAAUGGUAAGCAAACUUCUUAGUGCCAUCGAAACUUUAUUCCUGAGAAUUUUUCCUUCUGCUGCACAAGAUCAACCUUGCCAUCAGGACGCUUUCUUGACAUUUCCCGUCCUCUCCACUUUUCGGAAAAAGCGUCUCGUGGGCCAGGAAGCGUGCAUUUUGAUUGAUUUAUUUGUUCCUUCAGCGCCUCUGAAUCCCACUGAUUUAAUCUUUCUUUGGAUCUUAGGCGAUGUAUCAACCAAGUAUUUUUACUUGUUAGAGGAAUUCUCAGGAGAUUUUUCUUCUUUAUCUUUUUCUGCCGAAUUUACAGGAAUCUUUUUCCUAAGUGGUAGUGGGCAUUAUAAACAAUUCCUACUACAUUUUUGACAAAUUCUUACUAGUAUCAUAACUCUCCCUUUUAUUUUGUGUUUAUUGCACAGGCUUUACAGCUGUGUUUACAAAUCUUGGUAAGAGUGGAAGGAAAGGUUCAGAGUCGAUUGGUAGUUACUACACAGGUCAGGAUCAUGACGGACAAGUUGCAGUGUCCAGCGGUAUUCAACAGUGGACUGUGCCACAUACUGGUGAAUACAGAAUAGAAGCAAUAGGAGCUUCCGGGGGAUACGGUGAGGACAGUAUCAUCAAGAACGGAGGAAGAGGAGCACGGAUGAUUGGACACUUUAAAUUGACAAAAGAUGAGAUCAUACAUGUCCUUGUUGGUCAAAAAGGGAAAAGAGGAGAUCACCACAAACAAACUGCUGGAGGCGGAGGAGGUACAUUUGUAGUGAAAGAAGACAACACGCCUUUGAUAAUAGCUGGAGGUGGAGGAGGAAUUAAAAAUAUGUCAGAACAACAUCUGGGAUGUGAUGCGUCCACAAGCACCACAGGGAAUGCAGGGGACAACUCGCCAUUGGGUUCGGGGGGAAGCAACGGACAUGGAGGACAUACAAAUGGUUGGUUUUCUGGUAGGUGGAGAACUUUCUUUUCACAAAUACUAAGAUUUUCGUUGCAUUCCACUGCCAUCCUUCAGGAUCUUCAACCAAAUGAGAGAGUCAGUCGCUAAUAAUUAGAUUUUGAACGAUUUAUGAAAUCAAUAGUUAUCGAAAUUACUUUUAAGUUUUUCUUUCAUAAUACUUUGGAAACGCCUCAUACAAGCAGUUAAAAUUCUGUCAAAUUUGGCUUUUUCCUUUUUUGAAUUUCCUGCACAUUUAUCCAAUUCUCUACAGCGAUCCGCGAAUAUAAGGAAGGAGAAGACAUCGAAAAAGAUGACAAGGCUUCUUAUUCGCUAAUUUUGAACCUGGAUUAAAUAGAAACACUAAACAGAGAGUCGAAGCUAACCCUAAAGCUGACUUGUCCUCACAAGCUUUUCAUUAACAAUGUCCAUGCAAUAAUUAAGCUUCAAAACAAUAAAGAAAUAAACCUCGUUGCGAAACACUCCAAUCGUUGUUUGAUCGCAAUAACUCAAAUCUAUAGGUGCUAUUUUUAAGAGAACCACUGAUCACUUUUUUUUGAUUGUAUUAUAGGUGGCGGCGGCGGCGGCGGCUUCCACACAAAUGGACACGAUUCAACGUGCCAAAAGUUGUUUAGUGGGGGGAAAGGAGGUUUCGGAUAUCAUCAAGGGGGAGAGGGUGGAAAGCAUUGGGGUGGGUUUGGAGGUGGCGGUGGUUUUUGUACACCAGGGAAGGGACCGGGCGGAGGGGGAGGUUAUUCUGGGGGAAGUGGUGGGGCUAAUGAACAUAUUUCCUGUGGGGGAGGGGGAGGUUCUUUUAACAAUGGAACAAGUCAGUGUAAUGAAUGUUGCUAUAAUAGCGCUGGUCAUGGCUGGGUAAACAUCACAUUUUUCCAAUGA